UGACCCCAUCAUUAUCACGUUUCGCGGUCAGGUUCUUCGCGGCAACGCAUCGGCGCCCUAGAAGAAGAGCUGCAGUUCUAUGAGACCCCCCAUGCUUUACCUUGACCGCCGCCAGUUCGCUAAGGGCAAUUUGAAAUGGAACCACUUUCAGGGAACACCACGUAUAGCGUCCGUCUGACGGGCUCCUUCCGGUCGUGGUGUACGCACGCACUUAUUGCGGCUGCCCUGGAAACUCCCGCCACUGCUCUUAGCGUACACCGGGCUGCAAGGGACAAAAACAGGAAAGCGUAUUUAUCUGGCUUCCAUGCCUGGCCGAAUAUCUAAAAUUGCGGGACAUCCUUCGCCAGGAAGACGGUUUCACCUUGUCGGAGCGACAAUGCACAAGUUCUCGGUCCCAUGCCUCCUACUGCUCCUGGUGUACGUUUGUACUACGUCGGGCAAUCCCGACAAAGACGAUGCCUCUGAAGUACACGAAAUAGCCAGCUCCGACCAAUUGAAGUCAGGACCACAAGAUGUCAUCGGAAGAAUAGUGGGAGGCAGGACGGCUACUUUGCUAACGGCCCGUGGGAAAAGGAUUCCAGCGUUCGCUUCACCGAAGUCAGGACAGUCUGGACCCGAAGGUAACAACGUAUCAGCGGGCACGUCAACAAAAAGGCCGUCAUCAGGGUUUAAAAAACCGACAGCUGCCCCGAGUGACCGUACGGACCCGUUCCGAAACAAGACCACAGGGCACAGUGGCCCUCCAAACCGUCAGACGCCUUCUUCAGGGACGACACCAGGGCUGAGACCACUUUCCAAAGACCGUGAUGGCGUUUACAGAAUACCAAGCUCUUCGAAUAGUGCUUCUGGAGCUUCCAGUGGCAAUCGUGGACACUCUCACAACGGACAUGACUCGAGACACAAUAACGACACGCCGAGGCGACAGACAGGACACAAUGGUGACCGUGACUUCGUAGCCGAAGAACCACGUGCACAUGUGCAGCCUUACGGCUCCCCGAGUGCUCACAACCCAGCACAGCCAACGUCCUUUGGGUUCAGUGGUUUACACCCUGGCCUUGAUGGCAUUCAGACGGAAGUUGCAAAGAAUGUAGACGCGAUAAGAAAGUCAGUGCAGGCCUCGAACGGCGGAUUCAUGGGUUUUGAUCUUGACGUUGGCGAAUCAAAUGUUCAACCGUUCAUCUAUGGCAAGCCAUCAAGCUUCGGGUACAACGGAGCGCGUUCUGUGCAGCAGGUUCAUGACACGGGUCUCUCGGGUCCUAGAUACGGGUACAGUGGCAACAGAGCAUACGGUAAAUAAAAUGAAAAGUACGGUGACGAA